GCCACCAUUAUCAACAACAUUUGAGUUUGUCGCCAAGAUGGAUGACACAUGCAGCACCAAUGAGGCUGACUCUUUGAAUGUUGAAGUCAAUGUGGAACUGGAGAAACAGAAGUUCCAACUUCUAGCACAACUUGAUGAGGUGUUAGGAUUGCCGCCACCCAGUUCCUGUGAUAUAGUGUUGGCUGAGGAGGAGGAUCAAUCUGCACAACAAUUGGUGAAACUGAAACUGGAGAGGAGUUCAGGUUCUAAUAGCAAAAAUGAACUAUUUGAUGAAAAAGAAAGGAGUUUAGAGAUUAGCUCUUCAAUGAUACCCGGGGAAAAGUUGCAGAAAGGUGUAGGAAAUAGUAGCAGUUUAAAGGCAGCUGAAACAAGUCCUUCUAAAGUUACCUAUUUAGAAUAUGAUAAAGGAAGAAAUACAGGAAUAGAGAUAGAAGCCGGUAAUGAAGAGGCGGUGCAAGAAGAGGAAGGCUACAGCCACCAGCCAUUAAUGACAUAUAACUUUACUUCUCCGAUGAUGGCACUAAAUUAUGAAGAGGAGUUCAGUAUCCCAGAGGAUAACUUCACUAAAGGUUGUAAAUGGUCACCAGAUGGCUCCUGUCUCCUGGUUGGGAGUGAUGAUAAAAAAUUGCGCCUUCUGAAUCUACCAACACCAGUCAUUCAGGGAGACUUUCAGAGAGAAUCAUGGUUUAUGGGGGAGUGUGAACAAUACUCAAAGGCUGCUAUCACCAUCCAAGAGAAGGAAUUAUUAUACGAUUACACAUGGUAUCCUCUCAUGCAGUCCAGUGAUUCUCGCACAUGCUGUUUUGCCUCGACGUGUAGAGAUCAACCAGUCCACUUAUGGGAUGCAUGGACUGGUUGCCUCAUCUGUAGUUAUCAUUCAUAUGACCAUCUUGACCAGGUGGUAGCAGCUUACUGUGUUGGGUUUAAUGAGGAUGGAUCACAACUUCUCUGUGGCUUCAACAAGUGUAUUCGUGUUUUCGACACCAAUCGGCCCGGCAGAUACUUUAGCAAAAUAGAAAGUCAGUCAGGUAUAAUCUCAUGCUUGGCCUUUAACCCACCGUUGCCAAGUGUCUUUGCUGCUGGCACUUACCUCGGCACUAUAGGCCUUUAUAAUCUAAAUGGCAAUAAUCAUUUUUGCCAGUUAGAGGGAUGCCCAUCUGGGGUUACCCAUGUCCAGUUUUCUGCAGAUGGUACAAAACUUUUCUCAGGAACCCGAAAGAAUAAUGAAAUUUGGUGCUGGGACAUGAGAAAUCCUGGAAAGCUAUUAUGUGCCUAUGAACGAGAAGUUUCAACUAACCAAAGAAUAUAUUUUGACUUGGAACCACAGCAUAGUAGAUUUCUAAUAUCAGGAAAUACCAAAGGUGAAGUGUUAAAAUGGGAUCUGGAGGAACACGGUAUCAAUGAAACUACGAAGUAUGGAUACACCCAUAUUGUCCAUCAGCCUUCAUCAUCUUUCACUGCCCACAGAGACUGCACCAAUGGAAUAAGCAUAAAUCCAUAUUGUCCCAUCAUAGCCACUAGUUCUGGACAGCGACAUUUUCCAGAACCAGUAUCAGAAUAUGAAUCGGAUUCCAGUUCUGAAAGUGAUGUCCCAAAACCAUUGUUUACCCGUCAAAAGAUAGUCCGAGAGAGUACAGUCAAGUUGUGGUGGAUUCGAGGAUUUUGAUGUAUAAGUGACCCUACGUUAUGAAAUUCCCAGGCUAAGGAGAAACUCAUAUACUGUACAGGUAAUGACUUAUGUUGUAAUUCGUGCCAGCCUGUAAAGCAGUUGCUACUGCACUAAAUUAUGAAAAGUUCAAAUACUUCUAAUUUCAGAGUAGCCAAGCUAAAAUUUGCUCCUAGUCAACUUACAAAGGAGUUUCAUUAUUUUUUUGGUUUAAUAAUAAGAAUAAAAUUUCUUUCUUUAGAUGUUACCGGGAAUUUACGUAACCAGUGAUUUCACGCAAUCCCUAAAAUUCCUAGGGAUUUCAAUAAAUCCCUGGUUUGAAGGGCCGGGGAUUUCACGUAAUUACAUGAACUUACUAAAAUUUUUAGGGAUUUCUUGAAAUCACUGGUUACACAAAUUUUUUUGGUAACAUUUAUACAUGUGUAUAUAUACUGUACAGUGGUCCCUCGGUUAACGAAUUACCUUCCAUAAGAAUCUUCACUUAGGUUAACGAAUUCCUUACGAAUUUUUCCCAAC